AUGACGAGUGAUCCAUCAACAUCAAGUGGAUCAAUGAAAAAAAGUAGCCAACCAGAAACAACUGCUAGUUCGAAAAAAGCAAGUAGUGAUAAAGGACCUGAGCAACGCUAUUUUCAUAUUCCACUUAUUCGUCCUAAUGAUCAAAAUCGAGAUAAUAAUAAUGAACAAAAAAAAAAAGCACGGUGGUAUGCUCAUUUUGAUAAUAAAUGGAUUGUACGUCAAAUGCAAAUUUAUCCAAAUGAAAAGGCAGUACUUCUUAUUGCAGGUGUUGACGAUAUGAAUAUGUGUAAAUUAAGUUUAGAUGAAACAGGUUUAACAUCGAGAGUAGGUGCUGAGAUUCUUGAUAGUAAUUCUGAACAAGAAUGGUUUAAACAUGGUGGUCGAGAAUAUUUAAAUUCGCAUUUUGGACAAAUUAGUUCGAAAUUUGUUGUUCAAUUACUUCAAAAUUAUUGUUAA